CCUCGUGUCGGGUGGGUCCAGUCCUCUGCUGCGUCGCCAUGAACACCCUUGGUCUUUUGUGCGCCUUUUCCGCCGUGGUCAGCUGCCAAGCUGGCUAUCUUGGCUCAUCCGUUGUGUCUCACGCUCCAGCUGCAGCCGUUGCCGUCCACGCUCCGGUUGCGCUAGCGGCCCCCUAUGUCUCCGUGGGACACCACGCUCCCGUGCCACUGGCGCCUGCUGUGUCCCAGUACCACGCCCAGGACGAGCUCGGACAGUACUCCUUCGGCUACAGCGGUGGCCCCUCCUCCAGGAGCGAGAGCCGUGACGCCUACGGCAACGUGCGAGGCUCCUUCAGCUACGUCGACUCCUACGGGAACGUCCAGUCCCGAUCCUACGUCGCCGACGACUUCGGCUUCCGUGUGAUUGGUACCGACGGACUUCGGCACAAGCGCUCCUACGGCACCUACCCCGCCUCCACUGGCCCCCUGGCCACCGUGUCCCACGUGGCUCCUGUGGUUCACGCUGCUCCUACCUUUGUUUCGGCCGCCUCUCCUCUCGGGGGCUUCUCCUACGGACAUCACGCAGUCCCCUCCUUCGCCAGCUACAGGAGCCACCUGGCCCACCCCUUCGUGAACGUGCUUCGUCACAAGCGCUCCUACGGCACCUUCCCAGCCUCCACUGGUCCUCUGAGCACCGUGUCCCACGUGACUCCUGUGGUUCACGCUGCCCCUGCAGUGGCCCCUGUGGUUCAUGCUGCUCAUGUUGUGUCCCCUGUGGUUCAUGCUACUCGUGCUGUGUCUCCUGUGGUUCAUGGUGCCCCUGUGGUCCAUGCUGCUCAUGCUGUGUCCCCUGUGGUUCAUGCUCAUUCCGUGGCCCCUGCCUUCUCCCCACUUACGAGCUUCCCCUAUGGACACCACAGAAUUCCAUCCGUCACCAGCUACAGGAGCCACUUGGCUCACCCUCUGCUGACCAAAGCUGUGGACUACUAAACUUGUGCUUACAUUCCUAAUGGCUGUAAGAAAGCGCUGCCUUUUAUCAAGUAAAAACAGAUUUUGAUAC